AUGGAAUCCUCUGCAGGGCCUGGGACGCCUUUGCCCAAAUACCGCAGUGUGGCCAUGACCCUGAAGUCCCCUUCCAGGACUGGCGCUGCUCCUCCUUGGGGACUCUCCUUCACCUGCCCCUUUGCCAUCCAAGCACCCCAGCUCACCUGGCACAACCUGCUCUCCAGGGCUUGGUCUUCUCCACUCCCUAAUUCCAUUUGCUUUUUCUCAGCAUGGCAGGGGCCUGGCUGGUUGGGAAGAGUUGGAGAUGCUGCUGACACAUGGGUCCUGGCAAGAAGGGGACCAGAUGGCUUUUAUUACCGGGCUCAGAUAAAGGCUGCUCCAGAGCUGGAGAGACGGGGCGCCCUGCUUGUGGAAUUUGAGGUUCCCCUCGUCACAGACCUGAAGCUGCCAGCCCAGCGGCAGAACGUGGUCUUAGAAGAUGAUGUCAUUCAGUUCUUGCCAUCCACGGAAUGCUUGCUGUGACCUGGGGACACGGUGCUUGCCCCCUGGGAGCCAGACCAACAGCAGUAUGGCCCUGGCACCAUUCUCUUGGCCUCGGAGGCAAGAGACCCCCAGAGAGCAUCAGAAGAAGGAGAAAUUACUGUUCACUUCUGGAAUAGCAAGACAGCUAGUGUGCCUAGAGGCAGGGUCAGGUGGGUGCCCCCUGCUGUCUGGAAGGCUGUGGGGAGGCUGCACAAGCCUUCAAUCAAGGAGCACGCCGGCGCCCUCCUCUGGGUCCCUUGCUGCUCUCCGCUGGGACAGGCUGCUGGAUGGGUCACCAAUGGGCUUUCUCCGGGCACUCUGUUCCUGUGUCCUCCCUGCGUCCCCCAGGCCUGCUGCCAACUGCUGGGCCAGGGCUGCCUCUGCCCUUGCCCCUUGGCUGGACCUACCUGGUGGCCUCUAACCAGGGCCAAAAAACAUCCAGAGGUAGAACUGAAGCCCACAGCACCACAUUUGCCCCUAGAGGGUCCUAAAGAAGAGGAAGGAACGGUGCAACCUCCCCUGGGGGUUUCUUCUUCUUCCUCUUCCUCUUCUUCCGAAGAGGAUUUGGAGAAUGAUCUGCAGGUUGGCCUCCCCCAGAGGCUGAUGGUGGACAGCACAGUCAACACAGACCCCAUCCUUCUUGAGAAGUCUCCGAGGAGGCAGGGUGGCCUCUGCCAGCCCGAGUGGAGGUAUUGGAGGAGAAACGGGUCCGAGCCGCACCCUGGGAAGCCAGGAACAAGACAUGGAACCAUCUGGAGAGAAAAGAGGGGCAACAAACAACAAAGGGUACAGAGUAGUGCGGGGAACACGAAGGAGCUGGUCCUGGAAGCAAGCGGCGUGAAGCCACCACAGAUCCUGCCAGAGGACGGUGAACACAGAGAAUGGAGUUCGGGAACAGCGACCCACCAGAGGGACCAAAAUGCCCUCAGACUGAAAGCCCCGAGGAGCCAGAAAGCUAAAAGAGCAGUGGUGGUAACUACCUGA